GUAAACAAAAGACCAGUGAUGGCUUUCAGCUCAAAACCUUAUUGCUUCGUUGUAUUGUUCGUGUUUCUGGUAAGUUUCCAUACAUUGGUUCGAAACGUCGGUGCGGCCGGUGGUGCUUGUGGGAGGACCCCGAUUAGGUCCGCUGCAGCAAGUUUAAGCCCGUGCUUGGGUGCGUCCCGGAAUGCGAGGGCUAAAGUCCCGCCUGCUUGCUGCGCCAAGGUGGGUGCCUUGAUCCGGACUUCCCCAAGGUGCCUUUGUGCCUUAUUGUUAUCGCCAUUGGCAAAGCAGGCCGGGAUCAUGCCCGGGAUCGCUAUUGCCAUUCCCAAACGAUGCAACAUUAGGAACAGGCAAGCCGACAAAAAAUGUGGAAGUAAGUACCCAUUGUGGUAUACGGUUCCAUAA